UAUCGUAAGCUCGACUCGGUUGUACUCAGUAUUGGGUUAGGUCAGCCCGAAGUAACAUCGUUGCUUCAUCUCGGUCCUCGGGGAGACUUGCACAAUUGUUUAUAGUUUAAAACGUGGUAAUAAUAUCGGGACACUCGUUGACGCGGUAGCUUAUUGCCGACGAACCGUUUCUAUAUAGUUGUAAAACGUGAAAUUCGCGACUGCACUCUUGAGACGAGACAUAAAAAAAAAGAAACCGCGUAGAGAAACAGUAGAGUAUAUAACGUGACCGCUGUCAAUUCUUUAACCGUUUUAACCGUACCAUUCAUGCAGUUUUAUCGAUAUUAUCAGCCUUGGAUAUUUCAAUCACGCGGUUUCAUACAUACUCGGCGUCUCGUUGUUGCAUGUGAUUGCGUAGUGCGGUGAUCCGAAGAUAUUGUGUGGAGCAUCAAAGCGACAGGAGCAUCACCAGUCUGUAACAUGACUUACCGAGAGAACUCGCAGCCAAAACUCAACGGUUUAAACGAGCAACGUAACGAUGAGAACUCAUCGCUCAAUGCUGACCCCUGCCUGGGAUUCAUUCCUCAAUUGAAAAAUACUGGAGGGUACUUGGAAGACUUAGCAAGGUUUUCGAUACUAGCAGAGCAUCGUCAUCAUCAGCUAAGAGCUAUGCAAAGUGCAGGUGUCAACCUUGAGGUGGUCAACAUUGAGCAACCGUUUUACAAUCUAAGCAUCCAUCAGAAUAUCCAACCGAAUAUCCAGGAUCUGUUCUCGAAUUUGAUCACGCAUUCUCCAUCAUAUAAUCCGUCAUUGCACGGUUGGCUGCCGCAUAACUCUAGCAGUAAUAACAACAAUGACAGCAAGAAUAACAAUAAUAACGAACAAACCAUGAACAGCGGAAUCGAAAAAUAUAGCAAGAAGAACACGAAGAAGAAAAGUACCAAACCGAGAAAAACUGGCACGCGAUCUUCGAAGAAACGCAAUUCCUCAACUCCCUCACCCCGAGUCAGUCCUGUGGGGGGUAAGGCGAGGAUAUUUAUCUGUACAACAUGCAACAAAGCCUUCGGAUAUAAGCACGUGCUGCAGAAUCACGAGCGCACGCAUACCGGUGAGAAGCCCUACGAGUGUGAAAUAUGCGAGAAAAAAUUUACCCGGGACCAUCACUUGAAAACGCAUAUGCGUCUCCAUACGGGCGAGAAACCUUUUGGUUGCGAACACUGCGACCGGAGAUUCGUCCAAGUGGCGAACCUCCGUCGUCACAUGCGAGUACAUACGGGCGAGCGUCCUUAUCCCUGCACAACAGGGCAGUGUUCAGCAAAGUUCAGCGAUUCGAAUCAGUUGAAGACGCACAUGUUGUCACACAAGGGCCUGAAACCGUACGAGUGCAAGCACUGUCGAACGCGUUUCAAAAAACGGCAACAGGCGAAGCAGCAUAAAUGUAAAUCCACCAACAAGAAACGAUCACGCAACGCGUCAUCGUUGGCAGUCAAAGUUGGCUAUGUCGAGGUUGACGAAAACAAAUCGGGAGAAAACGCGGAAGUGAUUGCUCAAGCGGUUGGGGUAACAACGUCAAUGAUGCAGCAGCCGAGUCAGGUAUCUAACGUAGCAAUAGCCACCCCAAGAUUGGUACCAAGUUCAAUGGAGAUUUUGCAAAUGCCAAUCUUGUCCACUAUGCCCGAACAAACGGAACCCGAGGACUUGUCCAUGUCCACCGGUACACAGUAUCGCAUCAGACGCGGUUCGGAGACGAGUCACAGUUCUAGCCACAGUCUUAGUCCCAACCGUAGUCAUAGUCGCAGCAGCGAUAUCUACGAGGACAAGUACGACUGUCAUUACGACAUACUCCUUUGAAAACAGUCCAUGACAAUCCAUUAUGUCCUAAUGUUGAUCAUGCGUCUUAGUGGAAUAACAACAGUAUGUACAGACGACCCUCAGCUAGCACUAUAUGAAUAGUGCUUUCUUAACCAAAA